CGUCCUUCACAGAGUUCAGUCCCUAUCAAAGAAGAAUACAGGCACGGCCAGAUCAGAAAUUUUCUCUGGCAGUUACUAGGCACCCACGGAUUUGCGCUGAUGUGGCCUAACGGACGCACGCGCCGCGAGGCGCGGUCAGCUCCGCAAUGGCCAGCUGGGAACACGCGCCAGGAGCCUGCGCGGAAGCCCACAAGGGCGCAGGCGUGGUUUCCGGGCAAUGGCGGAGAAGCGAGGCCACAAUCAGGAUACGGGUCUCUACCCGUCGGUGCUGUUCCUGCAUCCGGACCUGGGCGUGGGCGGGGCCGAGCGGCUCGUGCUGGAUGCGGCGCUGGCGCUGCGGGAGCGCGGAUGCAGCGUGCAGAUCUGGACAGCGCACUACGACCCGGGCUACUGUUUCGCCGAGAGCCGCGAGCUGCCUGUGCGCUGCGCGGGCGACUGGCUGCCGCGCAGCCUGGGCUGGGGCGGCCGUGGCGCCGCCGUCUGCGCCUACGUGCGCAUGAUCUACCUGGCGCUCUAUGUGCUGUUCCUCGGCGAUGAGGAGUUCGACGUGGUCCUGUGCGACCAGGUGUCUGCCUGUAUCCCAGUGUUCAAGCUGGCCAGACGGCGUAAGAAGAUCCUGUUUUACUGUCACUUCCCAGAUCUGCUGCUCACCAGGAGAGAUUCUUUUCUUAAACGUCUAUACAGGGCCCCGAUUGACUGGAUAGAGGAAUAUACCACAGGCAUGGCAGACUGCAUCUUGGUCAACAGCCAGUUCACAGCUGCCAUUUUUAAAGAAACAUUCAAAUCCUUGUCUCACAUAGACCCUGAUGUCCUCUACCCAUCUCUGAAUGUCACCAGCUUUGACUCAGCUGUUCCUGAAAAGCUCGAUGACCUAGUCCCCAAAGGGAAAGAAUUCCUGUUCCUCUCCAUCAACAGAUAUGAAAGGAAGAAAAACCUGACUUUGGCACUGGAAGCCCUCGUAAAGCUGCGUGGAAGACUGACACCCCAAGACUGGGACAAGGUUCAUCUGAUUAUGGCAGGUGGUUACGACAAGAGAGUUGUGGAGAAUGUGGAACACUAUCAGGAAUUGAAGACAAUGGUCCAGCAGUUUGACCUUGGCCAGUAUGUGACCCUCCUGCGGUCUUUCUCAGACAAACAGAAAAUCUCACUGCUCCAUGGCUGUACCUGUGUGCUCUACACACCAAGAAAUGAGCACUUUGGCAUUGUCCCCUUGGAGGCCAUGUACAUGCAGUGCCCGGUCAUUGCUGUUAACUCAGGAGGGCCUUUGGAGUCCAUCACACACAGUGUCACAGGGUUUCUGUGUGAGCCUGACCCAGUGCACUUUGCAGAAGCAGUAGAAAAGUUUAUCCAUGAACCUUCCUUAAAAGCCACAAUGGGACUGGCUGGAAGAGCCAGGGUGAAAGAAAAGUUUUCCCCUGAAGCUUUUAAAGAGCAGCUCUACCAAUAUGUCACCAAACUGCUGGUAUAAUGAAAUUUUUAAAGACUUUA